AAAGUGAAGUCGCGCUAUUUAGUGGGCAAAUCAUCAACGCUUCAGCUCAAGUCCCAUCCAAGAUGAGUUGGAGGGAGCACCUCGCCCUCGGGGUAUCGAGCUUUCAUGAGAACAAGCUGGACCUUGCCAUCGAACACCUUUCAAAGGCAAUUGAGGAAGCCGAACAUCCUCCUGUUCGACAUUCGUUGCGGUUGUACGAUUCCAGAGCUGCUGUCUACGAGCGACUUGGUCAGACAAAAUAUGCGCUUCGGGACUCAAGGAAAGUCAUAGACUGUGCUCCAGAUCAUUGGCAGGGCUAUGCGCGUUCUGCGAGGCUAUUUUUCGAGCUGAAGAAAUAUACGUCGGCGCUGACAAUGGUUGAACUGGCUUUGGAACGCACGAAGGACAAUCCCUUGAAACACGCGGCUCGCCGUGCCGCAUUGAAAGAGCUGCGAGAUUCUAUUCGUCAAGCUCAGGACAGGAGUCAAUUAACCAUAGUGUCGACAAUGGAGCGAUCUCCUGGUCUAGCCCAGGAAAAGGUCAACUAUCUAGAGAAACUCCCCAUCGAGCUCAUAAGCCACAUAUUCGUGUGUGCUGUCUCUGAUUCCCCCGUUACCCCAAUCAUUCUGUCGCAUGUCUCUCAGCCUUGGCGCUCUCUGGUGCUUUCCCUCCCUUCUCUCUGGCACGUCCUAGUCCUUUCCACCGUACGACCCGUGAAAAAGGCUCGGUUGUGGGCCAUCAGAUCUGCCAACCGGUUGUCUGAACUGAGCUUCUCCAAAGAUCUAAACGAAUAUGACAAUAAAAACCUUCACGAGGGAGAGGACCCUCGGCGUGGAAUUCUCCGCGCACUAAGGGGUCUUCAAUGGGAGCGGUUGAAGAUUCUCAGGCUAGGGUUCGUUUCAAUUCCUAUGGAAGGGUUUUGGAGAGAGAUAGGCCAGGCGGACAUAUGGCGGCAUGUGGAAGAACUAGAAUUGACCGGAUGCGACGCGGAUGAGUGGCCAUGGUCAUCCUUAGUCACUGGCUCUGAUGAUCACAGCUUCACAGAGCAUUCAACUUUGCAGGCUCAAUCCAAGCUUCGUUCGCUCACCCUUCGAAAUGUCCGCUGCCUCUGGAAGCACAUGACCAGUACCAUCCACAGCCUGGUCUCAAUAAGGAUCUAUGACCAUUUUCGGGAGCAUGACUGCCGCCCUCUACGACAAGUAAUGCAGGCCAAUCCUAACCUCGAGGAGCUUAUUUGCUACUGCAGACCAAUCUUGAUACCGACAAGAGAUCGACCGACAACCGCUAUCCCUCCACUUACGCUCAAUCGCCUUCAGCAUUUAGAGCUCGCCUAUACAAUGCCAGCACGCAUCAUGGUAGAAGGUCUCAGCUUACCUUCUCUUCGUAUUCUACGAUUGACUGGUGUAUCCGAUGCAUCGCACGUCCUACAAUCAAUCGUGGAGAAUCCGCAAUCCAGCCUCGCUGCGCUGACUGAACUUACCAUCGGCCGCUUCUCACUCGAACCGCAGCUUAUCAUCCGCGCUCUUCUUCAAGCACCACAACUGGAAACAUUGCAGCUUACUCAAACGGCAAUCGCUGUCAACGAAGUGGUGGAGGUACUGACCACCCCUGCGACAUCUCACAAUGAGCAUUCGACGGACCCUACACGCUCUUCUGUCGCUUCUCUCCCUUUGGUUUGUUCUGCGCUGAGGAAUGUGGACCUCUCAGGUUGUCACGGUUUGAGUUCUGGACCUCUUGUCAGAAUGGUCUCCGCAAGAUUGGCCUUAUCGGCCACUGGUCCUAAGGAUGGGUCGGUGGAUGAAGGGCUGUCAGAGGAUGUAGGACUCAGCACAGAAGCCGGCUUGACUCCUGAGGCUCUGUCGGUUUCACGAAUUCAGACGCUUAUUGUGAACGAAUGUCCCCGCGUUGAGGCAGACGUCCUACCUUGGUUGCGUGGUAAUGUACCUCGAUUUAGUUGCAGAUAUAUGAAGAAAAAAGCGGCUAGCUGGAAGCGUUAGACUAACGUGUACCGUAUGUAUCUGCGUGCGUAUCGUAAUAGUGUCCAUCUGACCAU